UCGCCACAACAUCGCUCUGCCCCGCGAAUCGAGAUAUUAAGCUUUAAAGUUAACGGUUAUUGAGGUUAGGAAAUCUGUCAGCCGCGAAAUACUGGCAAAAUACUGCGAUGCAAGCAUGUGCUACGGACGUUUUCAUGAUAUUUUUAAAUAAUCGUUAACUUUAAAAUGCUUAAUGGCUACGUUUACACCGUGUAUUUAGGCCGCGGUCUAUACAAUAGAUGUCCUUGCUUAUCCUGUAAAACAACAACACUUACCAUAUAGAUUUAAGUGCACGGUAUAAACGUAGCCAAUAUCUUGAUUCGCGGGGCAGAACGACGAUUAUUUUUGCCACAUUCUUUCGUUUCGGUCGGAAAUCCAAGUAGGGGUUUCAGAAGAAGAAGCAAUAUGAGUUUCAUCAAUCUCGGGGAUUCUGAGUCAGGUGAAAUUGAUGUAGUAUAUACUUGCUGUAUAUGUGAAACAAUUUGUCACUCAGAUGAGGUACGCAAUCAUCCCUGCUUGGAAGGAUUCCAAAGAUAUCACAUAGACAAAAAUUUAUAUUUCCAUCCGCAAUGCGAUAAUGGAUCAAUCAUUCGAAAAAAUCUUGUUAGAGGUCUUCGUCGAAGAAGAGAUCGCACAGGAAGAUAUUGAACAGGAGAGAGCUGACCAGGAAGAAAACGAGGUAAUGGAAAGAAAUAUACCUAGAUAUAGGUAGAGGAUAACAAUUUGAACAGCAGUGAUCGUCCGAUAAACCUGCCAGCGAGGAAAGUUUGCAUUGAGGAACUUCUCAUAGAGGAAGUGCGGAAGCGACCACCUCUUUGGAAUUAUAAAUUGCACAUUUCCAAAAGGGGUGGUCGUGCUAAAGAGAAGCUGUGGGAAGAGAUUGCUGACAGUAUGAAAGGAGAAAUGACUGUAAAGAGAUAAAAAAGAAGUGGAAGUCAUUAUCCGAUAUGUUUAGGAGACUUCGCAGAUCUCAUAAACAGCCGAGUGGUUCUUCGGCUGCCAAAAAGAUUAAAUGGCUUCACUUCGAUAGGCUUAGUUUUUUGCAUGACAUGCAACGUGAAAACGUAACGACAUCGAAUAUUUCUGAUCUCUCCAACAGUCCAGAUGUUUCGCAAGACAACACAGAAAUAUCCGUGGUCGAUGACCACGGUGACAGUACGUCGCGAAACAUUGAAUAUACACCACAAAGGAGCGAGAAGCUGAUCAAGUUUGGAGCAAUUAUGGAUAAGAUGAUGGACCUGAUGAAUGAACCCAUAUCGGUUGAUGUAACUGGAGGCCUGCCCAAUGAUGAAUUCACUGCGUUCGGAAUGAUUAUCGCCUCUAAGCUGCGAGCCCUCAGUGCGAAUGCAAGCGAAGUAGCAAUGCUCGCAAUAUUGCAACUUUUGCGUGAGACGAGAGUGAACAACCAGUAGAAGAAAGUAAAAUAAUGUUACGA